CCACUCUUGCAGUGAUUACGGUAAUCCUGACAGCGGCUCCGUGCUGUCAGCUGAUCUUCCUCCUCUUACUGUUGAGUGAGGAGGAAAACCAGCUGAAGGAAAACACUGCUGGGAUCCUUUAAAAACACUAAAAACACAACCAUGGCUGCGGAGAUUCACUCGAGGCCCCAAACCGCCAGACCGGUCCUCCUGAACAAGAUCGAGGGACACUCGGACGCUGUCAACUCGGCCGUUUUAAUACCGAAAGAGGAUGGAGUGAUCACCGUCAGCGAGGACAGAACCAUCCGAGUUUGGCUGAAAAGAGACAGCGGCCAGUACUGGCCGAGCAUCUACCACACAGUCUCCUCUCCGUGCUCUUGCAUGUCGUACCACCAUGACAGCAGACGCAUCUUCAUAGGCCAGGACAAUGGAGCUGUCGUGGAGUUUCUCAUCUCUGAAGACUUCAACAAGAUGAGCCACGUCAAAACAUAUCCAGCCCACCAGAACCGAGUGUCGGAUAUGGUGUUCUCCCUGGAGAGUGAGUGGGUGGUGAGUACUGGCCAUGACAAGAGUGUGAGCUGGAUGUGCACCCAGAGUGGCAGCAUGCUGGGGAGACACUACUUCACGGCCUGGGCCUCCUGCCUACAAUACGAUCACGAGACGCAGCAUGCCUUUGUCGGCGAUUACUCGGGACAGAUCACGCUGCUGAAACUGGAGAAGCAGACGUACUCCACCAUCACUACACUGAAGGGUCAUGAAGGUAGUAUAGCGACCCUGUGGUGGGACCCCGUCCAGAGGCUGCUGUUCUCAGGAGCCUCCGACCACAGCAUCAUCCUGUGGGACAUUGGGGGGCGCAAAGGACGGACGUUACUGUUGCAGGGGCACCACGAGCGUGUUCAGGCCUUGCGUUACCUCCAGCUGACCAGGCAGUUGGUGUCGUGCUCAGCCGACGGAGGCAUGGCGGUGUGGAACAUGGACACACAAAGAGAAGAGGCGCCCCAGUGGUUAGACAGCGACUCCUGUCAGAAGUGUGAGCAGCCUUUCUUCUGGAACAUCAAGCAGAUGUGGGACACUAAGACCCUGGGGCUCAGACAGCACCACUGCAGGAAGUGCGGCAAGGCUGUGUGUGGGAAAUGUAGUUCUAAACGCACCACGUUCCCACUCAUGGGCUUCGAGUUCCCCAUACGGGUGUGUGAUGCCUGCUUUGACACCGUCAAAGAAGAAGAUCGAACACCGUUGGCCACAUUCCACGAGGGGAAACACAACAUCGCCCACAUGGACAUGGACCCAUCCAGAGGCCUGAUGGUCACCUGUGGAAGCGACCGCAUUGUUAAGAUCUGGGAUGUGACGCAGGUGGUUGGCUGUAGCUUAGCAACAGGCUUCUCUUCGCGCUGAUUGGCCCAGCCCACUGCAUAAUCCCGCCCACUCUUCCAAUGUCAUGGAAACCCCUCUGUACAGCAUCUCUCCUGGGAUCUUCAGCUACAACAGGCCUGCUCUGGGUGAAUGUGUGAACGUGUGUGUGUGAGAGUGUGUGUUUUGUAUGUGUGUGUCGAUAGUGUAGCCCUCCCACCUUUUUCUGUUGCUUCUCAAACAUUUAAUUUCACUGUCAGUCAAUCAUCAAAGUGAGUGUGACUAAUUUUUUUUUUUCAACUUUUUGCUCUGAACCCUAAGCACAACUGUGUGUGUGUGUGUGUGUGCGUGCCUGUACGUGUGCAUGCACCGUAAUGAUUUCUCCUAUGGGAGGAAUGCUAUUGAUAUUAGUGUUUACAUUAUAUUAAUAUUUCCGAUGCUUCUUUUGACAAAGGUCAUUUUUUUAUUACCCUUGCACUGUAAAGUUUCACUAAAUCGCUGACCUGGCAACCCUGUUCAAACAUACACUAGCUUGCUCAUUACUGUGGCCCUCUAACUGCAUAUUACUCACUGUAACAUGUAAAACAAAUCAUCAUCCUAAUCACGUGUAUAUACCCCUGCAUCAUGUGUAUAUUAGAUAGUUGCUUUUUUCAGUCUUUCCCCUCUGUUUUUCAGUUUCUUUUCUUUCACUAGUUGGCCUUAAAUCACUCUCAGGAGGUUUUACAUCAGUAGGUUGUCACUGGACGGGGGGCUCUUCAUGUCAGUUAUCAUCGUUAUUAAUGUGUAAUCAAUAGCACAGCCUCUUUCUUGAUACGUGAAGGAAAUCUCUUGAAAGAUGCUGCCGUAGACAUUUGAUAAACUUCUACGAUGUUUGCAUAACAUCAUGGGAAAUUGAAAUAUUCUUCGGCAGCAUCAAACAUCCUGACCAGUCAAAUUACAAUUCAAGAUUUUUGUUAAUGCAGCUUUUUAGCUUUAUGGGUUUGAGUCCCCAACUUUAAAGGGAUAGUUUGGGUGUCUUGAAGUGGGGUUGUAUGAGGUACUUAUCCAUAGUCAGUGUAUUACCUACAGUAGAUGAUGGUCGCCACGCCCCCAGUUUGGAGAAGCAGACAGGAGUUACCGCACAGGAGAAAAGUAAUGUACCGCUGUGGACGGGGGCAGCAGCAAAAUGUAUUUUUAAGACUAUGGAUAAGUACCUCAUACAACCAAAACAUAACAACCAAACUACCCCUUUAAUUUUGGUAAAAACAAAUUUAAAUAAUAGCACAGCAUCACCACCUCCUAGAUAUUUAUCACUCUCUUUAAAAAACUUUAAAUGUGUAGGUAGAUACCACUCGGCACUGAUGGUGUAAACUCACGAUUCUAAUGCCUCAUGAGAAUUACUUUUCAUCUAUAAUUUAUAAAAAAAAUAUAAAUAUUGCAAGUUUUAUGUGGAGCUGAAAUUGGACUUCCUCCCACCAGAAAGGCACUUAGGUACUGGACAGGUACAUGUAGCACUAAAUGCUGGCGUGUUGAAUCGUCCCCGGCUGAAUCGCGGGUCAGAUCAGGGCUGCCUGUGUUCCUUCAAAAAGCCUUAACGAGAGAAGGACACGCUCACAAAGCCUUUUCUAGUGGUUUCAUCAGUGCUUACGACUGUUCACUCAUGUACUCACCUUGUUCUGAAGCUCUGGAUGUCUCGUUUCCUUUUCAUUCUGUUUCUUUUCUCUCUUCUGUGUAUCAAGGUUAUCUCAUAACGCUCUCACCACUGCACUGAAUUGCACAACUCGUGGUCUUUUUUGUCUUUUUUGAAUUAAACAAAACGUUUUUGUAAGUUCAGAUUUUGGGAGCGGGGUAAUAGCUGGAUUCGAUGUAGCGUCCUUUGUAAAUAACGGCUGGUAUCUUCUAAUGUUAGACUAACGCUUGCCUUAUUGUAAGUGGAGAAAAAAAAAUAGCAUUAUAAUGUUGGACUUUCAAAAAAUGUAGUCACAUUCCAGGUUUUUGAUCAUGUAGUGUAUAUUUAUAUUUGUAGUAAAGUAUUUAUCUAUUAUCAUUGUAAAUGGUUGUUUCCUUUUUCUUUGUGCCCAUCUAGUAGAACUAGAACACUCUUUUAACGAAGCACAUGCAAACUCAGUAACGUUGAGAUGGACGGCAGUAUUUUGAAUCCUAACACGGACAGAGAUUGACCGGUUAAUCAAUAUCACCGCUAUUAUUUCUCAUCAUCAAGACUCCAUGAUGUUUAGAUGUCACACAGUAAUACUUGGGGUUAGACUGAAAGAGGAUAGUAGCCAAUAUUUAGCACGCAUGUUCAUUAUAAUAACAUUUGAGUGUUUCUGUCCUUUUUGUCGCUUCCCUCCAAAGAUGGAAGCUCUAGAAUAAAACAUGCCUUAAUGCCUUAAUUGGCUGAUAAUUGAUUAUUUUCUUUGGUCUACUUCCCAAAAAAAAAAGCUAAAAGGCUCCAUAUAUUUAUGUAUAACUCUAAAGUUGGGUGAGUCUCUGUGGGUCUAUCACAUAAAAACAACAAAUUUCAUGUUACAUUUAGUUAUUUCAUCCAUUGUUAAUAUAAAAAUAUUGAUUUGUGCAGCUUUAAAUACUUUAAAAGAGUAAAUAAAAUGUGCAAAGCUGUAAUAAUUGAUGUAGCAGGAUGGUCAGAGCAGCGGACAUUUGUAUGCGUCUGUCUCAAUAUUGGCAAGCUGAUCUCAGUCCAGCCCUAAGUACCCCAUAGAGUCAUGUCACACAGCGUCAUCUUUGGUCUACAGGGUUAUUGACGAUGCUACCGAACAAUCAGGAGUUCUCUUUUCCUUUUUUAGUUAACUGGCUUCUUCCAGUCAUUACUCUAGGCUUUAUCAUGUCCUCGUAACAGAUUGGGUUUGGUGAUAAAAGGCUUUCUGGCUCUGGGAGGCUUAACUCCACACAGCAGAUGUUAAAAGUAUGAUGGACGGCAGGAUUAGCUGUUUACAGUAACAGCUAAUGAAAUAGAUCUCCAGAGCUGCCAGGAAGGAAGGAAGGAAGGAAUAGAUUCUUCUCAUGUUGUAAAUGGUUGAUUUCCCCUUUUUCUUUCACCAGAUGGAGCAGUUUAUUGGAGUCAUUUUGUUUUUGUAGUUCAUCAGACACUAGACUGGAUGGCCUUCACGUUGAUGCGAGGCCACAUCAACACUUAAAAAGAUGACUCAUUUUCCACAAUGGCCUCCCCAUUAUCUCUGUAAAUUGAUUUCUGUUUUGUUUGACUUUCAGAUGCUUGUAAAAGACACUCGCUGUUGUUAAUGUAUCUCUCAAAAAUAAUUGUAUUUUUAAAUACUUUUGUUGACAAUAUACAGUACUGACUUAAUUCUCUCUGGGCCCUCAACACAGGAAACAGAGAGAAAAGAACUGAUGCUUAAUAAAGAUAUUCUGAUAUGUUUA